AUGAUUGUUGUUGGCGCCAUAUGCGUAUUGGUGUUGCCAGGCUGCUACGCCGAACCCACCAUCACUGCAAUGUCGCCACUCACCUCUUGGAUAGGAGGCAAUACAAGAUUCAUGAUAGCCGGUGACGAGUUUCCCUCCGACCCCAGAAUAUACAUUCGCUCAAUUGCUGGCGUCAGAGUACGAAUGGACACCAAGGGCACGGGCACCAACCCCUGGACCUUUGUUGUGCCCGACUAUCCCGGCACCACGCCCCACAACCGACCCAACAUGCAAGCCUGUCGUCUCGAGAUCUACUUUGGCGAUGACGACGACGAACAAUUAUUCAAAUGGUUCGAUGGUUUCCGUUACCUUGUUCCAACACUGGAUACGAUUGGCCCUGAUCGUGGAUUCUUGAACAGUGGAGGAUACUUAAUCCGAAUGACUGGAAACAACCUUAGACUUGCCAACAAUGACUUCACUCCAUCGUUAACAAUUGCCGGACACACCAUCAAUGCCCAUGCAUUCACAAGUACAACCGUUGACUUCUACUUGCCAGACCACGACUCCAUUGGAAACUACAACGUUGAGCUUGAGUUGUACAGUGGACGACGAGUCACAUGUCGUGAUCAAUUUGCUUAUGGAGUACCAUCGAUCAAUAACUUCACACCAAAGAUUGGAACAUCUGGCACGGGUCAUUUGGUAACGUUCACAUUGAUUAAUAUGAUUGGUGGAGCAACUGAUUAUACAGUGUCCAUCACAGUCGAUGGUAAUCAAUGUAAUAAUAUCAAUGUAAUAAGUAAUACUCAAGUAUCAUGUAAUGUUCCAAGCGUGAACUUGGCCCCAGGUGAGCUCCGUGAAGUCUCAUUCCAAAUCCGAGUCGGCAACCAACUAGUGAUGGGAACGCCAAAGUUCACUCACUAUCACCCAAAGGUAGUCACAGUAUCACCUGAUCGUGGCCUCGUGAUUGGAGGCACAUUGAUGCGCAUCACUGGAACAUACUUGCACAAGGCACAUUCUGUGCUGAUUGGUGGCGUGGCUUGUCAGAUCAAGAAACAGGUAUCUAAUGAAAUCCGCUGUCUGACUGGCGCCUUGACCUUUGCCGAUGGCGUCUGGGAGGUCACGAGCAAUGUCCAGGUGAUCUACAAUGGUGGAGCGACCUACUACCCGCCCGUGGACCAGACCUUCCUCUAUGCCGCACCCUACCUCACCAGCCUCAGCCCAUCAGUGAUCACCGACAAAGGCGACUACUACAUCACGAUGAAGGGACACCAUCUGGACCUGGCCGGCGCGUGGAAGAUUGGAACAGAAAUGGAUUGGAACACCGUGGGCAAUGUCGUCCAGCGUGUCUCGCUGCACAUUAAGCUGGACUCCCGUCAGUUCAAGAACGCAGGACUUGUGGACGUGCAAGUGGCCGCCAAGGGCUACAGCUCCAACAAGAUUCAGCUCAUGAUUGGCCAGCCCACUCUCACGGCCGACGUUACACCCAGCACCGGCUACAUGCACCUUGCCACACCCAUCCGCAUCACCACGCACAACUUCCCUCUGGUUCCCACCACCACCAACCUUGACUCGAUCGUCAAGUUCUUCAUCGACGGCCGUCCCUGCACCACCCUGGUCCAAGUCGAUCAGAACACAUUCACUUGUGUGGCGCCAAAGGGCCUCAACGCCAUCGCCGCACCCAUCUCAUUCACGCUCUACAAUGGCCUAUACACGUUCACAUCGGACAAGAGGUUCACGUACUGGGUGCCAGCCAUCACGAGUCUGGAGCAGUCCAAUCGCGUCCCCAAGGGCACCGGCCGAUUCCGUCUGCUUGGCACGCAUCUGGACAUCGCGACCGGCGUCACGGUCAACGAAGUGGACAUUGCCAACUUUUUGGUGGCGUGCACGGUCGAGGCCACCAAGAUCGAGUGCCCCAUGCCCUCCAACUCACCAGGCGGCUACAACGUCCAGUUGAUGGUCAAUGAUGUAGGGUUCUCCGCGCCCACCAACCUCGUCUAUGAAGGCCCGCACAUCGACGCCAUCAGGCCACACCAGGGCACAUACAACAAGAACAUCCUGGUCACGAUCACUGGCACGGGCUUUGGCACGGACAACAGCAAGGUGCGCGUGGAGAUCGGCAUCGACACGUGCCUAAACGCGCGCAUACUGCCGGCCGUCGGUCUGGUCGAGCGCAUCGAGUGCCAGCGCGUGGCCAAUGGCGGCCAAUCGUCCGACGGCGUCACGGUCUACGUGACCAACCCGACGACCAAUCUCGAGGUCGAGUCAAUCGAGAACUUGCAGUUCAUGGCCAACGCGAUCUCGUGUCUUGGACGCCGCGAGGACGACGGCUCGCACUCGCCCGUCGACUGGUGGUUCAUCUACAAGAUACGCGGCCACGGCAACUACUACCUCUACAUCGACAGCACAAUGGACCGCCUCCAGCGCUACACGCCCCUGCAGCCCAUCAACGCCAACGACCCGCUGAGCCCGCUGGUCGCCACGUAUGACCAGUACCGCAACUACUACUACAUGUUCUUCAAUGAUCAGACGGGCAAGCGCACGGACCUUGGUGGACGUCAUGCUGAGAAGUCACACGGCACAUAUGGACAUGUGAAGGGCUUCAUCAUAUACGACAGUGAUCUGACGGGCAUCCAUGUCACACAUUCCAAUCCAUUGUUCCCAUCGACUUCCGACCUAUCGGCCAAUGCAUUCAAUGGCAUUGGCAGUGGUCUCAAGCUAUUGGGUGCGGCUGACCUCAACCAACACUUCUUCUGCUACCAAUACCCUGAUAUGGAUACCAUCAUGAGUACCCUCGUUCGCUCCAGACCAUUCCUAAUGAAGCCCUACCGAGUUUUCAACCCAUCUGGAUGGACUCAACCAGAAAUUUUAGCCAACUGGAGAUACUAUGACUAUGUCUAUAGCAUGUUUGGCUUGGCUCAGAGGACAGUCACUGGUACAAACCCAGCCAUUGAAACUGAAAAGACUAUCCGCCGCGCUUGUAUGAACAGCAUCGCCGACACUGCCAACUUGGACAACAUCUGCCAUUGGAGUACCAACUUUAACAUCCAAGGACUGGGCCCCGCCAUCUACUUCCAAAAGACCAACACCAAGGUCUCGGGAGACUACCCUGCCGCCGACAUCCCGCGACCAGUCACACUCUCGCCCUACAUCCUUGCCAACGCCAGGGACACGACCUUGUACGAGGGCAUCGACCUGUGGAUGGUGGCCGCCGCCACAAUCGGCCGCAAGAUGUUUGUCGAAACUUUCUUCAACGGAGGCGUCCUACAGGUGGAGACCAACGAGUACCUUAUCAACGUGGGUGUGCUCGACCUGCCACCCUACCUCUCCACGCAGACCCCGGGCAUUGGCGGCGUCACCUACAGCGACUGCGAGUUCAGCUCCAAGAGCGGCCACGAGCACGCCAAGCUCGGCUUCCCCGUGUACCCGGCGUACGACGGCGCAGCCUACAACGCCAACGAGAACAUGUUCUGUGUGGGCGACCUCAACCGCCACAAUGGCCAGUUGAAGCGUGGUGGUGGCAUCCUGUGCUUCCAGCACCCAACCCUCGCCUACCAGUUCAACCGCAUGGUGCGAGUCUACAACUCAAAGAACGCACUUGGCAUCGUACACCAGCGCCCCGUCGACGGCAUGUUCCUGUUCAUGCCCAUCGUGCAGCCGAUCCAGCUGACGCGCGCUCUGGGCUGGGCCGACGACAUUGUGGUCGAGCUCAAGGACUCGAUUAAUGGCGCGCACGUCACUCGCAUGCCCCAGGACAUCCUGACCAUCACGUCGGCCACCGCCACCCACCCCUUUGAUGUGAUUGCUAAGUUCUCGGCCUUGAGGACGGCCCUUGUGAUGACGGGCGGCAACACUGAGAUAUCGCUGGUCGAGACUCCGCCCUUGUUGGCCGGCCAAGACGACAUCAUGAACUACGUAGCCGACGACACCUUCUCAAUCCACUAUAUCGCCUACAACCCAUCGGUAUCAAUCUGUGACUUUGUGUUUGGCAUGACAGAGUGCACCAAGGACAAUGCACGCCGCACUCACCUCGUCAACCCUGGUGGCCCGGCGGUCUUCCCCACCGCAUUCCUGAGUCCAUACGGCCAGCGCCAACUUGUAAGGACGUUUGAUGUGGCCACGUCUGAGGAUCAUUUGAUCAUUGAAUUUGUGAAGAGGAUGAGGACUGCCUUGAGCUCGGUUGCUCCAAUGACUGUCGCCGUCGACACCACAUUGCCCCUGAGCAAGAUACGCAGUGAUGGACCAUUCAUCAUGCGAAACAAUGCCAUUCUAUGUGAAGAUGAGUUGGCCUACCUUGUGACUGCCAUGCACAUCUAUCAAUCCUCCGGAGCCACCGAUGGCAACACACUUCUCUUCAACAUUGGAGAUGACGCGCCAAACUGGGCCAACGGAGUCCUUGUGGCCAUCGCCAAGAAGAUCUACAACUCUAUCCUUGACUUGAAUGACCAAUCAACAGCCUUCCAGAAUUGUUACUUAAACAUGGUACCCAACAUGGACGACAUUGGAAACUACAACGAGGCCGACCCAUCUGUGUUGAACCCAACCCAAGUUCUACUAUACCAUAGGUCAGCUGCAGCAGCUUAUGAUUUGAUGAGCAACACCUUUAGCAAUGGUGGCGGCGGUAGGUCUGUAAGAUUAGCCGAUGAUGACAUGGUGCCUUGGACUGUGAUGUUGAGGAAGCUGUCUCAGUUCCGCCGCUCGGAUAAUAUCAACUCGUUGUCCGACCUUUACAUGACACUCAAUGAUGACGACACCAGUCCCGAUGACCCAUGGUACCAAACCAAGACCAACAACGACAUUCUGGAGAACAACUAUCUGGUCGAGCCACAGGUCUGGUGGAUGGACGACGACGACGAUCACUUCAUGCCCGACAAUGGCGGCGCUCCCGACAGCUCAGAGGCCGCCGAUCCAAGUAUCAUCUCCCUUUUCGCCCUGUUCAGCCCGCCAACGUCCAAGUCUAAGUCCACGGUAGCUGCCGCCACGCGCAGUGAAGACAUGGCCAGGGACUCAGACACUACAUCCGCGGUUUACUUGCGCCAGGAUGACUUUGAGGACGUGCUCGCGAUCCAUGAGUUGCUCAACAAGUCGGUCACAUUCUCGGUCAGGGACAUCCUGUCCACACUGACCGAGGAUCAGGUGUUGAGCAUGAAUGACGCAAUGGAGAAGUGGGUCAACAUCCAGGGCAAGAACCAGGCGAUACAGGUGUUGUUGCGCGACCCCAUGAACCAGACAAGCGACCAGCCAGUGCGCUUCAUCUCCGAGCUCAGUGAGGAUAACAUUGGCAAUGAGAUUGAUCUGUGCUUCAAGAAUAAUGUGGCGCAGGUCUGCUCAGGUCCCUCGAUCACAUCGAUCACAUACUUCCUCGAGUCGGCCAUUCGCGCACAAGCGUCAUCCCGCCGCAAAUUUGGCGAUCUCGAUGUAUACUUCCUGCCGCGACCCUAUGGCUAUGUUGGCUCGAUCUCGUCGGGCAUCGAUGGCAUAGCCAUCGCCACAUUCAAUUCCAAACUCUGCGACAUCCAAAUGAUGACGCGGGUACAGUUCAACGCUGAACAGCAAUUCGAGACACUAUGCUCUCGCGUCGGUCCAAUCGUGACCAAUGUCAGCCCACUCUCUGGAUCCACAUCUGGAGGCGAUAAGAUCACUGUGGAUGGCCUUCGCUUCAACUCGUCCGUGACCGUGAGGUUCAGCGAUAUGUUCUGUGAGAGCGUCACCGUUGUCUCAUCGUCCCGCCUAACAUGUCUGACACCCGCACAUGUCGGAACCUCGCACCCCAUCCUCCUCUCCACAGCGCAGACCAUCUUCAAUCUCCAGCGCACCACCUACCUCUUCUCCUACGACGCCCCCACUAUCUCUUCGGUCGCCCCCUCUACAGCCGAUAGCAAUGGAUUCCAGAUCAUCACAAUCACCGGCACCAACUUUGGCUCGGACAGUGAUUUGGUCGAAGUCACCGUGGACAACAUACACAGCUGCUGGCCAAUUGUGGGCAUCGACUCUCAGAACAUCGCGUGCUACUCGCCAGAGGGUGUCGGCAAGUUCAAGUCGGUGCAGGUCGAUGUUGAUGGACAGCAGUCUAAGUACGACAUGGCUACAAUGGCAGCGAGCACCUUUGACUAUGAGAGCCCAACGGUGAGCGAGUUUGUGCCAGCCAACGGUGACCCCAGCGACUACAUUGUCAUCCACGGCGAUGGCUUUGGUGACCCCGACAACGGCGACCCUGAGCCCGUGCUCUACCUCGACGACAAAGUUGUGGACGUGGUCAACUUCACCAACAACUACAUCAUGUUCCAGCUCGAUCAUGGCGUUGCACAACAGUCUCUGUCGAUCCAGGUCGGUGACCAGGUGCAGGAGACCAGCUUCACGUACUACCCCCCAUACGCGGCAUCCCUCGUCACGCCAGACGCACUCAGCACUCUGGGUGGCCUGCUCCAGCUCAAUGGAUAUGGAUGGGGCAUGUCGUCGGACGACAUUGACUACGUGCGCUUGGGUGACUCCAUCGAGUUGUCUUGCAACCCAUUCGAUGUGUUUGUCGAAUGCACCAUCCCUCCAGGAAUCGGCGCCAACCUGUCCAUCUCGGCAUCAGUCGGAGAUCAAGCACUCCAGGUGGACGCCACGCUCACCGUCUCCUACUCGGCACCAACAAUCACGUCGGCCACAUUGAUCAAUGGUACACAGGUACAGGUUAUUGGAAGUAACUUUGUUCCAUUGGACAUGGGAGUGACAUUUGACCCAUCGACCUCAUACCUCAACGUCACCUACAUUGAUGGCAGCAACACAUUGUGUCACUCAUUCGUCAGCGAGAGCUAUAUGGCAUGCAAUGUCACCUUGGCACCAACCACCAUCACACUCUCAGUCGCUGGACAACUCUCCAACACCAUCCAACUCUGA